UUAAGUUGAAAAUAUACAUACCUAAAAACUGUUUAUUACGUUUUUAACUGCAAAAUUAGAUCUGUAUUGUGUUUUAUCUUUAUAUCCGCGAAGCCAGCAAAAAGCUGAAUUCUGCAGCAAAUGUCAGGCGUGGAUCAGAUGAAAAUAUCCGGAAAUACAGCAAAAAGUAUUGAGGAGCGAAAUAUACCAUGGAGUCAACAAGUCGACGAGGCAUCAUAUGAAAAUUUAGCUUCUCCAACCAAUGAUGAUAAUUCUGGUACUAAUCCGAGCUCAAUGCAAUUCCAAUAUCCACCAUUCAAUGUCAAAGAAAAUCAAAAUUCCACUUGGAACAACGCUAGCAAAGGCCGUAAACCUCAAAACAACUAUGAGUUAAAUAGGAAGUAUGGGAAGCCUGGAGCAUUUAGUAAUUCUAAGAGGGACGACUACCACUUAAAUCACUCUAGGCGCCUUGUAGGCGAGAAUCCUGUACAUCCAAUGCGGCCCAAUCGAAAUGAAGAAGGCUACACGUCUAGUAAAUUGGACAGUUACGUUAAUGAGCCGGCAGAAGAAAUUAAGACGAAUUCAAUACCCGCAGUACCGAAAAAGACAACAUGGGCGUCCAUAGCUUCUCAGCCAGCUAAGCUAACUUCGAGGACAACUUUUACCGCUUCCAGCCAUAAAAAAAAGGGUCCGGGCAUGCCACCACCGCCAAUGGUACCAGGAAAGCACAAUUUAGAUGUUAAUACAUGGGAUCUGCCAAACAAUAAUCCACCGCCAGUACCGUCGCCACCUCCGCCAAUUGAUUUGUCAUGUGCCGAUAUCAAUUGUGACUUUUCAGUCAACCUUGGUCCAGAACCAUCUGUGGGUGUGCGAUCUGAAAAUGAUUACACAAGUGCAGACUUUUCUAAUAAAGACGACAACAAGGGUAUAAGUAACAACACUAACAUAAGCAAAUUAAAAGGCUCGCCUAAUGGACACAUGCGCAAGAGCUGGACAACGUCCCAUCCAGUACAUCAAUCGAGCUCACGUGCAGCGACAUCAUGUGGACCUUCAGGCACGCUGAGCCGACGAGUUGAAACAACGAUUCAUUUUAAUCGUUAUAGUGACCACAAAGGCAAUUGUAGUGGAGGCCGUAACGACAGCGAAAAGAGUCCAAAAUACGAAUAUCGCGAUGAAAACAAUCCACGAAGUGCAGAAGAUGCACCUCUUGUUGAACAUCUACCAGUUGACCCGCAAUCUCUGUUAGAAGAACUGAAAGACAAAAACAACUAUAAUCCUUCAGAACUCAAUUUGAAUAAGGCUACUGCCGCACGAUUUUUCGUAAUUAAAUCAUAUUCUGAAGAUGACAUUCAUCGCAGUAUAAAAUAUGAGAUUUGGUGCUCAACUGAUCAUGGUAACAAGCGACUGGACGAUGCCUUUAAAGAGCGACAGAAGGAAGGCGGUAAUAUUUUGCUAUUUUUCUCUGUAAAUGGAUCGGGUCAUUUUUGUGGAAUGGCGCAAAUGAUGACUGCAGUAGAUUACAAUUCAACAUCAAGCGUUUGGUCCCAAGACAAGUGGAAGGGGAAAUUCAAGGUUAAAUGGAUAUAUGUGAAGGAUGUCCCUAAUGGAAAACUUCGCCAUAUUCGACUCGAAAAUAAUGACAAUAAGUCGGUAACAAACUCUAGAGACACACAGGAAGUUCCAAAUGCAAAAGGAAUUGAGGUCCUUCAAAUUUUGCACUCAUAUAAGCACUCUACGUCCAUUUUCGACGAUUUCUCCCAUUAUGAAAAGAAACAGGAAGAAGAAGUCUCAUCAAAACGGCCAACCAUGUAUGUACCAGAUAAUACCGGGGGGGGCCCAGCACCUCAACACCGAAAUUUUCUUCGGCAAAACGACGACAGAGAACGUGACAUGCGCGAUAACCGUGGCAGUAACAACAGUAACCUAGCACAAAGAUAUGUCCCCGGUGGGUUUCGCAACACAAAUCAUAGAAGCGCUACAGGGAGCGGGGGAUUUCAGAAUAGCUACAGUGACUACCGUCGAGGUUUUGACAGCCAGCGGACAUUGAGCAAUGACUAUCAAUUUAAGGAACGAGAUAACGUGGAGUUUGACAGAGAGAAUGACCUUGGCUCCCGCCAUGGUCUCAAAUUCGAUAACAAUCGAAGAGAUGAUCACUUACAACCCAAGCAAAGGCUAAGUAACCGGGAAAGAGAUUUUGGCACAGAUCAAAUAAAAAGUGACAUGCGGUAUCGAGCUGGCAUAGUAGGGCAAAGGGACUUUCCAAAAGAUAAUGAAAAAGAUCGGAUUCGAAGCAAUGAUUAUUGAAAGAGGGAUGACUGAGCUUCGGCGGAUGAAAUGCCAAUCGAUAACUGACAAUAUUGUCAUAUGUUUAUACGCAUAAAUCAUCUAGCAUGUUUGAGUGGACACAAGAGACGAUGAUUUCAACUUUUUUUGUUUUUUUAUUAACAAUUCAUACAAGGAGUAGGAAUGAAGAAAAUCAUAAAACACUUAAGCAUCUAGGAUUAAGCUGAAAAUCUAGCCAAUAAUCGGCAUUAGGAUUAUUAAUAAAAAAUACGAUAACAUUUUUACGUAAA